AUGAAGAAAGAAAGACAAUAUGACUUCAAUAGGCUGGAGAAUGAGACCCGCACAUCGUCAAGCUCAAAAAUGAAGUGGGAUAUACCAUCCAGAAUAUCUAGGACUCAAACACAAAAGGAUUUGAUGCAAAGGGAGAAAAUAUCGAUAGAAAGAAUUAGUAAAUACGUUCCGGUAAUGUAUAGGCAAAAAGCUUUGAAUCACGUCAUUACAUUCUAUAAGCAGAAGAACGAAGAGCUCAAAAACCAAGAAUUGGAAGGAGGGGUUCAGAGUGAGAUGGGACCAUUGGAACUUGAAGCCAACAAAGAUAGAAUUAAAUUUAGUAUUAGUGAAUUACCGCCCAGGAAAACGAUCACACGUAUGGCUGGUAGUGAUCUCGAUGGCCCUUUCACUUCGCCUUCUGCUCUUUAUAGUAAGGAAUCGCUGCCAACCAUAGCAAAUAGUGUUACAAUUGAACAUCAUCAUCACUCUCCUACGAAACCUCUACCUUUUAACAAUACACAUAAAUCUUCUAAAGCAUUAUCAGUCCAAGAAAACCCCACUUUGUCAUAUCGUCGAGCUAGAGAGGCACACGGUAGAUUAGAAAUUUCAAACAUGUGGUAUAAGAGGAAAAUGAAGAUCCGAAAACAUCGUAGACUUCGUAGACCUCGCUCUGCUCUUGAUGAGAUCUUGGGAUCACCAGAAGCUCGAUUUCAACACAGAGGUCGAUCCGCCCAACCAGCACUAAUCGAGGCUGAAUGCAUUAUAUGCUCAGAAGACAUGACCGAGAUCGCUAAGAAAGCUGUUCUGGGCGGUAAAGGUGGUGUAGACGGUGAAGCCGCUUUAUGGGUAUGUGAAUUGGCUGAUUGUGGAGCUUUAUUCUGUAUAACAUGCGUCAAAUCCUAUAUCGAUCAUUCUGAGAAUAUAAUCUGUCCAGCUUGUACCAGAUCAUGGGACACUAACAAAUUCGAAGAGCAGUACUCUGUGUACGACAAUAGCUCAAAUCAGAGGAAGGGAAAAUAA